AUGUGCAUUUGUAAGGUCUGUGGAAAGAAGGCAGAUAAAUCGGUUGUGGAAAACUGGGUGCAGUGUGAUGAAUGUGAACUUUGGUUUCACUUCGCAUGCGCUGGUGUAGACGAAAGUGUGCAGCAUCGUGAUUGGAGUUGUGCUUCCUGUGUUAAGGAAACUAACAUCACAGGACCAGGGCAUACAAGCACAAUGCAGCAGACAAAUGCAUCGGCUGAUUCAUCAUCAGAAGCGACACAAUCUGAACCAGUCGCACAGCAAUGUGCGCAAUCAAUUGACAUCGUCCUUCAAGACAACUUACUACAGGUGGGCGAACAUCUCCCAUCGCAAUGUCGAUCGAGCGAGGGCAAUCGUCAACAUCAACUUAUGAUGGCUAUGCUUGAAGAGAAACGGGCUGCAGAGGAGCGCUUCAUAGAGCAAAAGUAUCAGCUCCUUGCUCAAAUGAACACUGCCGGCACAUCCGUGCCAAUUACCCAGAUUACAGCCAGCUCUGCACCUUCACCUUCGCAAAUAGCAGCCAGGCAAGCCAUACCGAAAGAGUUGCCAAUCUUUAGCGGCGACCCGGAAGAAUGGCCGAUGUUCAUCAGUACGUUUGAGCACAGUACAUCUAUAGCAGGGUUUUCGAAUGUGGAAAACAUGCUGCGUUUACAGCGGUGUCUUAAAGGUAAGGCACGUGAAUUGGUCAAGGACAAGUUGCUCCUUCCAACGAUGGUUCCUGAUGUUCUCAACACGCUUAAGAUGUUUUUUGGCAGGCCUGAGCACAUUCUGGAAAGAAUGAUUACGAAGGCGAGAAAGAUACCUCCUCCGAAAGAAAGGCUUGAGUCGCUCAUAGAAUUCGCACUAGCUGUUCGUAACAUCUGUGCAACGAUGCAAACCUGUAAGCUCGAGCAACACUUGAACAACCCAAUGCUGGUGAAAGAGCUGGUUGAUAAGUUACCUAAUCAGCACAAGCUCGCUUGGGCGAUGUACCCACGCGAUGGUUCACCAUCUAUCCAGCAAUUCAGCAACUGGCUAUAUCGUAUAGCCGAAGCAGCAUCGACCGUAGUAUCACCUGCUGUCAUCUACAAAACAAGCUCCGUGAACACCCACAGCAGCAGCAAUAGUGUACAGGCAAGAAAUGACAUACGACGUGGCCAGAACUGCUCGCAUGCAGAGAACCGCUCUCUGCUCCAGUCAAAGCAGUAUACAGUGAAAUGCGUCGCGUGUGGUACGACUGAUCACUACGUCGCACUGUGUCCAACCUUCAGGGACUUGUCAGCAAACGAGAGGUGGCAGAUGGUAAAAAAGGAGAAAGCUUGUUAUCGUUGUCUGAAGUCUCACCGCAAGGGCUGUUUCUCGAAAAAGACUUGUGGCGUAAACGGCUGUUCAAAGAAGCAUCACCCACUGCUGCAUAGCGAGGGUAACGAAGGCACAAAUAAGCUAGAGAACGAUCAGGCCGUGGUAAGCACGCAUCGUGCUGAUAACACCAGCAGUCAGUACUUUCGCAUGAUACCAGUGCAGCUUCAUGCAGCAGGUAAGACAAUUAACAUUUUUGCGUUUUUGGACGAAGGGUCGUCUGUGACACUCAUUGAUGGGUCAACAUUCAAAAAACUUGGCAUAAAGGGGGUACCGUCACCAAUAUGUCUACAAUGGACGAGCGAAACUACUCGCAACGAGAGCACAUCGGUGCGAGCGUCAGUCCAAAUAUCCGCACCACACUCCAAUAAACUGUUUUGGCUGAACAAUGUGCAUACCGUUCAGAAUCUGGCUUUACCAAAACAGUCUAUGAAAGCUAGCGAGUUACGAAGCAGCUAUCCCUAUUUAAGGGAUAUACCUUUGCCUUCGUAUGAUGACAUCCAACCAACGUUGCUCAUAGGAGCAGACAAUUGGAAAAUUGCAGUUCCACGCAGAAUACGCGAAGGUAAGCGGCAUGAGCCGAUCGCUUCCAAGUGCUUGUUGGGAUGGAGCAUCCAAGGUACGUCGACUGCAGCAACCUACGUGACAAUGCAUCACUGCGAAUGCAAAUGGCAAGAGUUACACGACAUCGUUAAAGAGAGCUUCAGCUUGGAGUCAGUGAAACCACAAAACUUACAAUCAAACGAUGACAAACGGGCUAUUGAGAUUCUCGAUCGAACGUGCAUUAAAGUAGACGGACGAUUCGAAGUCGGACUCCUAUGGCGCGACGAGGACUACAGUCUACCUGAAAGCUAUAACAACGCGGUUAGUCGUCUCAACUGUUUAAAAAAUAAGAUUAAACGUGAACCCGAAUUAUACGGCAAAAUCGAUAACCAAAUCCGCAAUUUAAUACAAAAGAAUUAUGCAGUUGAACUUUCAAAGACCGAUAUGGCGAUCAACAACAAGCAUAUCUGGUAUCUACCGAUCUUUAUAGCAAAAAAUCCCAACAAGCCGAACAAGGUAAGACUUGUGUGGGAUGCGGCAGCGAAGUCUCACGGUACAUCGUUAAACGAUCAUUUACUUACCGGACCCGACUUAUUACAACCUCUCAUCGAAAUCCUACUGAGGUUCAGAGUUGGGGAGGUAGCGAUCUGUGCGGACAUCGCCGAGAUGUUCCACAGAAUCAACAUUCGCAAAGAAGAUAUGCAUGCGCAACGCUUCUUAUGGUAUGACCAAAUCAGUGGGCAAACGAAGGCAUAUGUAAUGUGUGCGAUGACCUUCGGAAUAAACUGCGGUCCAUGUAUUGCGCACUACGUCCGGAAUAAAAAUGCCGAACAAAAUCGUCAGAAAUAUCCCAGUGCAUAUGAGGCCAUUCAAAAUGCGCACUAUGUGGACGAUUACAUCGACAGCGCCGAAAACGAAGAAGCAGCAUUCGCAGUAGCAGAUGAAGUUCGAAGUGUUCAUCGAGCCGGUGGAUUUGAGAUCCGAAAUUGGGCAUCGAAUUCUCCCAAUGUCCUCAGACAGCUAUCAAAUAUUGACCCAGCAGUGCAAAGUCCCGUCCAGUUCUCAGAGACCGAAAAGGUGCUGGGUAUGUAUUGGGAGCCAUAUAAUGACGUCUUUAAGUAUAUUCUUAGGUUUGCUCGACUGCGGCGAGACGUCUUAGCGGAGGACGUCGUCCCAACAAAGAGAGAAGUUCUCCAGGUUCUCAUGUCGAUUUUCGACCCAUUGGGACUAGUCUCAUGUUACACGAUUGGCCUGAAAAUUCUUCUACAACGCGUAUGGCGCGUCAAUAUUGGCUGGGACGAGGUGCUGCCAGAGGAGCUCAUCGACGGUUGGCUACUAUGGAAGCGUACGCUGCCACUGGUUGAAGCAAUCGAAAUUCCGAGGUGCUACUCUAAACAUUUGUUUUCUGGCACAAAAGUAGAAUUGCACACGUUUGUUGACGCAAGCGAAUAUGCUUACGCUGCAGUCUGUUACCUGAGGGUCCUUCGAGGAGAUCUCGUCGAUUUGUCGUUGGUGGCCGCGAAAAGCAAAGUCGCUCCACUUAAACCGGUUUCUAUUCCGCGCAUGGAAUUGCAAGCUGCUGUGAUGGGCUUGCGUUUAGCUCAGAGAAUUAUAAACGUUCGUAGACUAAAAAUACAAAACGUGACAUAUUGGUCAGAUUCGAGAACCGUUUUGCAGUGGUUGAAGAUGGAUCCGCGCAAUUUUCAGCAAUUCGUCAUGCAUCGUGUCGGAGAGAUCCUUGAGAACUCAGACAGCAAACAAUGGCGAUGGGUCCCGACAAAAUUAAACGUGGCGGACGCAGCAACCAAGGUGAACAGUUCGGUGCAAAUCAAUGAGUGGCUGCACGGUCCCGAUUUCCUGUUUAUGAAAAGCUGCAACUGGCCCGUGUUCGAGUGCAAAGCUGAUGACGUUGAUACGACCGAGUUGCGCAAACAUAUAUACGUGAUGAGGAAAACUCCAGCCAUCACCCUCAACGUGGAAUACUUUUCCGAUUGGCGUCGCCUGUACAGAGCGGUCGCGACAUUUGUUUUAUACAUAGCUAAGCUAAAGGCUAGAGUACACGGCUACAGCAAGCCGAACAAGAUUACACCCGAGAUGAUCCGCGCAGCAGAGAAUAUUCUCAUCAAGCAGGCGCAGUUUGAAACAUAUUCUUCCGAGGUCAAUUCGUUACACGCUGGGCAAUCACUGGGUAAACAAAGCAGAUUAUCUGGGCUAAAUGCUUACCUAGAUGAUCAUGGAAUUUUGCGCAUCCAAGGAAGAGCCAGUUCUAUCGACUGCCACAUGGACGCCAUUGUAAUGCCGCGAGAGAACCAUACGACGUUUCUCAUCGUAAGGGCCCAUCACGAAAACUUUCACCAUAUGGCUCACGAGACCGUCAUAAACAACGUGAGAAGUUCCUACUACAUACCACGUCUUCGGGUAUUGUACAAAGCGGUGCGACACUCCUGUCAGAAGUGCAAAAUUCACUCAGCGGUACCUACACCUCCACAGAUGGUACCGAUACCUGCUGCAAGACUGGCCAGCUUCGCCAAGCCGUUCACUUAUACCGGCGUAGACUAUUUCGGCCCGAUAUUUGUGAAUGUUGGCAGACACAAAGAGAAGAGAUGGGUCGUGCUUUUCACGUGCUUGACUCUCCGUGCAGUACAUUUUGAGAUAGCCUACAGCCUGGACACUAGUUCUUGCAUCAUGUGCCUACGUAAUUUUAUGGCAAGACGAGGCACUCCGAGGGAAAUUUAUUCCGACAAUGGCACGAAUUUUAAAGCAACAGAAAAGCUAGUUCGUGAAAAGCUCAUCGAAAUCGACUUCGACAAAAUUUCCGUUAAAUACGACCGUAUAAUAUGGCGCUUUAAUCCACCUAGUGCCCCACACAUGGGAGGAGUGUGGGAGCGUCUCGUCCGGUCAGCGAAAACCACAUUACGAAGCAUCUGUCCCUCAUAUUCAUUCAACGAUGAAGGUCUACGUUGCGCAUUGAUGGAAGCCGAAUUCAUCAUCAAUUCACGCCCACUUACCUUUGUGAGCCUCGAAUCGAUUGACGACACUGCAUUAACCCCCAACCAUUUACUACUCGGCUCGGCGGAUGGGUAUAAGCCUGCUUGCAGUAACGACAUGGACGUCAGGCAGCGUUGGCGUCGAGUGCAACUAUUCGGAGAUUCCUUUUGGCAGCGUUGGGUAAAGGAAUAUACGCCAGUGCUCACGAAACGAAAUAAAUGGUUCCAGAAAUCAACACCUCUGGCUGUUGACGAUAUUGUAAUCGUCGUAGAUGAAAACCUGCCACGAAAUCUGUGGCCCAAAGGUCGAGUAAUCAGCACAGUGAUAGCGAAGGAUGGUCAAAGCUCUGAGGAUACUCAAACGCAAUUGAAGAAGCUACACAGCGAGUUCACUUUCAGUUUGGAGAAGAUCGAAAGUCGUGAAAAUCAUUUGAAUAACGAGCUGCAAUCAUUUGUGCGUCAAUUUAAGGAAAUCUCAAUUGAAUUAUCAAAUGUGCAGCAUGCGCAAACACAGGUUCAAACCGACACAGAUGCGCUGGUAGAGCAAUUGAAUUCUGUGUUACAGGAGAAUGACAUCAAGAAGAGUGAAAUGGAGCGACGAGGCCAAUCAAUGUCAGAUGGCAGCUCCGUGGUGAACAUAAAGAAAGCCAUCAGUAAACUUAAAGAAGAAACCGCCCAGCUCAAUUUGGAAGUAGCUCUCUUAGUACAUGGCAUCGAUCAGUACAUUUUACGUCAGGCAGGCAGGUUCGGUGAAGUUGAUUCCGGAUACGGUUCGGCGACCGGGGAGGCUACAUAAAGUAAAGACACGUACCUUUCAAUACAAAAUAAAUAAUGAAAAAUGUACUUACUAUACAUACAUACAU